AUGGCGUCUACCGACUCCAAGCCCAAGCCGGAGAGACUCCCCGUGACUGUCUCCAAGCCUACCCCUUACACAUUCGACCUCGGUCAUCUGCUUGCGAACGACCCCAACCCUCUCGAGAUCUCCCGCUCCGAACCCUUGGACGUCAGUCUCAAGGCCACAGCCCGGGAUGGCACCCAGUCUCUUCUCAACCAGCUCCUGACCACCUGCCCCAUCACCUCUUCCCAACAGGGUGUCCUCCUGACUCUCCCACCUCCCACCACCGUCCUCCCUCGCUUCAAGCCCCUUCCCACCCCCAAGCCCCCGACCAAGUGGGAGCUGUUCGCCCGCAAGAAGGGUAUUGGCAAAUACAGCAGCAGGCCUGGUGCGGCAUUGGCCGACAAGGAGCGUCGCAAGAAGUUGGUGUACGAUGAGGAGAAGGGCGAGUGGGUUCCUCGCUGGGGUUACAAGGGCAAGAACAAGUCCGAUGAUGAAUGGCUUGUUGAGGUGAACGAGAAGGAUUGGAAGAAGGAAGAAGAGGCGGCCGCUAAGGGAAGCUCGAUUCGUGGACUAUCUCGCGCCGAACGCAAAGACAGGAUACGCCGCAACGAGAGGAAAAUGAGAGCGAAUGAGCGCAAGAGCCGGAAGUCGGGUGGUGGUUAA